AGGUCAAAGAAUGACAUGCAGAUCAAACACCUGUGCGUUUCAGGUAAGGAGGACCUGCUGUCCCAGAAGGACUACGAGUCGGCCUCUUUGAUGGAGAUCAGAGCCCUCAUGAGGAAGCACGAGGCGUUCGAGAGCGACCUUGCUGCUCACCAGGACAGAGUGGAGCAGAUCGCCGCCAUCGCUCAGGAGCUGAAUGAGCUGGACUACCACGAUGCUGCUUCAGUCAACACCCGCUGCCAGGGCAUCUGUGACCAGUGGGACAACCUGGGCACCCUUACCCAGAAGAGGAGGGACGCACUGGAGCGUGUGGAGAAGCUGUGGGAGACUAUUGAUCAGCUGUACCUGGAGUUUGCCAAGAGGGCAGCGCCCUUCAACAACUGGAUGGACGGAGCCAUGGAGGACCUGCAGGACAUGUUCAUUGUUCACAGCAUUGAGGAGAUCCAGGUACAGCACCGCUUUAACACAAUUUGUUUCUUAGGUUUUGUUUUGUGUUGCUGUAAUAUCAGACGUUUUAGAGGGUCCUUGACCCAAG